CCCCAAUUCCCCCCUCGUUAAGAAAUCAAUCUCUUAAAGGCUUAAAGCCCUUCGAUGCCACAAACAAAUUCCGUAAUUCCAAAUCCUCUCUCCUUCCUCGAUGGACUAUCAGCUGAAAGCCGGAUCGGAAUUCAGUUCCGUAGAUCCUCCAGUUGUUGCCCCGCCGCCGACUAGGCGCUUGCAUAUCGAUGGCGUCGACGGCCUGCCGCCAUCGAGGGCGAUGGAGAUCACCGGAAACGUUCUCCGUGGCGUGGCGGCGGUUUUGACGUUCGUGGCUGCGAUUGUGAUGGGCACGGCAGCGCAGACCAAGAGGGUGGUGGUUAUCGACGAUAGCGGAUCGCCGGUGACUCUCGCCGGAACGGCCAAGUCCCACUAUUCUUCUGCUCUUGUAUAUUUCAUAGUGAUCAAUGUGCUCACACUGGUUUACUCUUUAGCAACCAUAAUACUCUAUCAUGCUUCGAAGAAGGCAGCCAUGGCCGGCAUAUAUUUGCCAUUGACGAUCACCGACUUGCUUACAAUGAUAUUUCUGGUUUCCUGCAACGGUGCAGCUUCAGCAAUAAGUGUUGUGGCUGAAAACGGAAAUCGACAUUUUGGGUGGGAUAAAAUUUGUGUUUCUGUACGUCAAUAUUGCGCGCAGAUAAGAAGGGGAAGUGGUUGUGCUCGAACUCAUAGCGCACUGGUUAGAUACAAAUUUGAGAAUUCUGAUGAGUCGUGUUUGAGCGAUGAUGCUACCGAGAGAAAAGGGGGAGUGAUUAUUUACCUUUUUUGUUGAUUUGAUGAAAUAUAUGGAGUAUAGAAAGCAAAGGAUGAUUGAUAGAAUCUAUAGUUAUAAUUAUUGUAGGCUUGCUUUUGUAGAAGUGGUUUGAAUGAAAUGUUAUUGAUUAAUA